AUGUCAGCAAGUAUCACAGCGCCUAGUCGUGCAGCUCUCCGAAGAGGCGUCGCUUCCAUUUUCCCAAGAAGGAGCUUCUCGACGACCACCUCUGCCUCUGCGUCUUCAUCGUCUGCACCAUCUUCGGAAGAGUCUUCUUCCAGCCUCGCACCCUCGUCCUCAUCGUCGUCGUCUGCGCCACCACAACCGCGGGUGCCGGUGCGCUCUACUGGUCCCAAGAUAGAGUACGCAAAGACCAACUGGUCCUCUGCAGCUUUCCUCGACCCAGCUCCGCCUGCUAAGCACGCUCACCUUACCCCACCGCUGCCCAAUUCCUCCUUUGCCUCAUCGAUCAAAUCCGUGGCCAUCGGUCCUUCUUCGUCCAAUGCCACCAGCCUCAAGCAUGCCGAGAGGAGUCUGCACCUGAAACUACGUAGGAAGGGCGGUGGACAUCAGAUUGGUCCAGAGGGAAUGGUUAGGGGUGUGCAGUUCGUGAAGGGGGAAAAGGCAAGGGGGAUCAACGCCCGUGCCGCCGGUGGGGAGGAGGAGGAGUCUCUCUCGGCCAUGAGCAAGAGACAGCGUCAGCAAGCCUACCUCGAGCGUGAAGGAGGAGACUACUCUCGCUUCCUACCCCCUUCUGCUCAGCAGCAAAAGAGUGCUGGCGAGGAUUCGGCUCAGGCAGAACUGCAGCGAAUUGCCAGCCAUGCACUCAGCGGUAACACUACAGUCUCACCCGAGGCGAGAGACAGUCUCACGCGCCAGGUGGGAGAAUUACUCAAGGGCAAGCCGUUCCCUGGCAAUCAAGGAAGUCUGGCCAAGGUUGGACCGGCCAAGGUCGAGGCACCACCUGUGCCACAAGCCGCUGCAGCCCCGGCCAAGAAGAAGGGCAAGAAGUGA